AUGAUCAAGUCGCCGGCCUCCACGUGGCUGCACCGCAGCUCCUCCGUCAAGGCGUCCAGCACCACCAUCUACCUCGGCCGAUCCAAAUCCGUUCACCACCACCAAUCCUCCUCCUCCCCCGCAGACGGCGGUUACUCCAGAAGACCGGCCGGCCGGGGCGGGAACAUCUGGCAAGCGCUGUGGAGAAAGAUCAACAGGAGGAAGCGGAGCAUUUUCCGAGCGGCCACGUGUACUUCGACGGCGACGGUUGCGACGCUGCAUUCGGCGUACGAACCGGAGGAGUACAGCAUGAACUUCGAUCAGGGGACGGGUUGGGCCGAGCCCGAUAACCUGCCCCGGUCUUUCUCGGCCCGGUUCGCGGAUCCUUCCCGGAUCCUCCAGCGGAGCGCCACCAGUACUUGCUACGCCAGAUAA